GUCGGAACAGAGGGAGCCGCGCUGGCUGCCGGGAGUCCGGAGUCGGAAAGAUGGUGGUCACCAGGUCCGGACUCUCCCGGACCAGGCUCCAAGAAAGCUCCCAGCAGAAGAGGUCUGUUCCUCGGAGAAUUGGGACACAUCUAGAAAGCAAAAAAGAAUCAGGAUCUGAUGGCAACAAGGCUGAAUCGCAGUCUGCUGAGAAACAGAGCUCAAACAGCAACAGCAGAACUACAGGCCCAGCGGAGAUCAUUGUGCUCAUUUCUGAUGGAGACGCUUCUGAAACGGAGUCUCACGCUUCUGGGAUUUCUUCUGUGUUACAAGUCGAAGAGCCCAUUGUAAGAGUAACCAGGAAACGGCGGGUCGUAAUUGUGCCCACCCCAAAGUCCACUGUUAGGAAAAGGCAGAAAGUAGCCCCUCAACAUGAAUCUGUUGAUGAAGGAGUUGUUUCUGAAGCAGAGUCUCAUGCUUCAGGGGUUUCGAUGGUUAUACCUUCCACAGAAAGCAGCAGCAGAAAUCAGGCUAAAUCUCAAAGAGAUUCAAGCCAAGACUCACAGUCCAGAACUGUACCUGACGCUGAGUGGGCCUGCUCAGGCACUUUAUCGUCAGAGAUCGCACCGAGGAGAACAGCCAGGAAUGUGAAGAAGAAAUUACAGUUCCCAGAUGAGAAAAAAGAUACUAAGAUUACACCAGGAAAUAAGAAGCAAAUUGUGGGUAUGUCUGUGUAUUCAGAGGACUCAGAUGCUACGCAGGCCUCUCAGUUAUCAACAAGACCACUUUCUCAGAGAAAUAUGCCAAAUAUUUCUGAGAGUGAAACUUGUAACAAUGACUUUGAUGAUUCCAUCCGCAGAAAUUCAGGGGAAAAACUGACUGCCCAAAACCAUCAAAAUUUGCAUAUUCAAGAGGAAAAACAAGCCAAUGUUGUGUCUCUUACAGAAGUCAGAAAGGAGAAUUGUAAGAGACUGGAUGAAGAGGACCCCAAAAUAACAGAGGAAAAAGUAAUUAAUGAGAUAGAUUCCCAGCUAAGUCUUUCUGAAGCUCAAGACACCAGCCUUCAGCAGUCAGUGUCUCAGAAUCAUUCAGGCACCCCAAAUAAAAAACCCACAUUCCAGCUUUCAAGUCCAGAUCGGAAGGCUCUGAUGAAAUCAUUAGAGCACAAGUUUGCAAUUGUGAACUUAGAAAGAUGGAAUGAUGAGAGAGGGGGCAGCGUAAAAAAGAGUGACUUGGCACAGCUCAAUGAUGGUGGUGACAGCAAUGAUGAGCCCACAAGUGCAGGUGUCAGUGAGGACAAGAGCAGCCAAUGUGGUAUCUGUCUUGAAUGUGAUACCAAACCAUGCAAGGCUGAACUCAGUGUGUCUCAGGAUACAGAUAGUCCUGUCAUAUUAUUUCUUAGCAGUGAUGAAAGCCAACAGUCUGACAGCAGUGAGAAUGAAAGGGACACUUUGAGUGAUGUUGAAAACAGUGGCCAAAAGGAGGCAUUAGCUGAGGACCUGGAAGAUGCCGAGUGUGACGGUGCACUGUUUGUAAUAGACAAAACUCCUGGCGUGAGUGCUGACAAAACCUUUUACCUAGAAGACAAGGCUCCAAGUGAAGCUGCCAUUGAGGAAGAAAAAGAGGAAGAGGAGAAAGAGGAGGAAAAUAGUGAAGAAGACUCAUCAGACAGUGAUGAGAAUAAGGAUGAGUCUAGUGAUGAGGAAGACUUGCUCAAUAACACCAAGUCUAAGCUUCUGAAAUUGACAAGUAGCAGCAUAGACACUGGACUGAAGUUGGAUGGUUUAUAUAUUAAUUUCAAUGUAGACAAACUGCAGCCUCACAAGAAAACUCUAACCCAGAUCGAGGAGAAAAGGAAAAAUGAGCUUCUGCAGAAAGCUGUCAUUACACCUGAUUUUGAAAAAAAAUCUUGUGUCCCACCAUAUAGUGAGUCAAAGCGUCAACUUCAGAAGCAGCGCAGGAAAGAGCGACAAAAAACAGCCGGUAAUGGUUGGUUUGGCAUGAAAGCCCCAGAACUGACAGAUGAACUGAAAAAUGACCUCAGAGCAUUAAAGAUGAGAGCAGGCAUGGACCCCAAAAGGUUUUACAAGAAAAAUGACAGAGAUGGUUUCCCUAAGUACUUCCAGGUUGGAACCAUCGUUGAUAAUCCAGCCGACUUCUACCAUUCACGAAUUCCCAAGAAACAGAGGAAAAAGACUAUUGUGGAAGAGCUACUGGCUGACUCUGAGUUCAGGAGGUAAUUGACAUUUUGUAAUGUGUGUGUUUUUCUUUAAGUACACGUAAGUUUG